AUGACCACAACCACAGCUGCAGCUACAGCUGAGCCCCAAAUGCCCAUAGUGUCUGUCUGGGGUUGGUGUCUCAGCUGUACCCGAACAUAUCCCCAACCUCACCUUCUGGAUCCAAACCCACCAAGCAAAAUGCCCUCGAAAAAGCAAUGGAUAAUAGGAGGCGUCGUGACGACCAUAAUAAUCUGGGGAAUCUAUUCCGCCUGUCAGCGAUGCAAGAAUGAGAAGGAGGAGGUCAAGAAGAAGGAGGCUAAAAAGGCACCAGUCAUGGUCGACGACGAGUCAGAGUCGAGCAUCGAGCUUACUGUACUUUCACCGCGCGAAUAUCGCUCUUCAUAUUAA